ACAACGUCAGGUUUACGUUAAGCCAAUCAAUGGCAGAGUAAGACAGAGGAGGGCGGAGCAUGCCUGCUCCAUCCUAGGAAAUAAAAUACUCUCGCAUACCGUUCUUGUUUUCACUGUUUUGACAGCUCGAACUAAACGUUCAAUUAAAUCUGCUUGCUUGUAUAUGUUUUGCCCUUUCAACCAUACUUUCGGAGCAGUUUCCGCCUUGAAUUGACCUGAGUAGCUGUAACACUAACAUCACGGUCCGUGAAACCGUCAAGGAAGUAAAAAUGAGUCGCGGUCGGAACCCCCCUGCCCGGGGUCAAGGGGCAGCGCGAGCCAAACAGAUGGGGCUGCUUCUGGACCUGUCCCCGGAUGGAGGGAUGGAUGAUGAGGGAAAUGAUGAAGACCUGGAGGCAGAGCUGCUGAAUCUGGUGGGAGGAGGUGGAGGGAGAUCACAAGGAAAGAAAGCUCCUGUUCCCAUGGCUGACAUAGAGCAAAUGGCAGCUCUUUGUAUGAAAGACCUAGAUGAUGAGGAAAUGGGAGAUGAAGAUUUGGAAGAUGAUGAAGAUCUGCUGGCAGAACUGAAUGAGGUUUUAGAGGAUGAUGAGGAAAAAAGUCUUCCUCCCACCCUUCCUGCUGUCACGCCGACUGGUCCCAAAGUCAGCGUCACAUCCCACUCUGCUCCUUCUGCUGCUGCCAGUGGUGCGACUGGGUUGGAGUCUUGCCUGUUGGAACGCAUAGAAAUGUAUAAGGGAGCCAUUUCCAAUGCCAAGGCUGCAGGGGAGACAAGUAAAGUUCGAAGAUACGACCGUGGGUUUAAGACUCUGGAGACAAUGUUGACAUCUGUCAGGAAAGGAAAAGCAGUCAAUGAGGAUGAGAUACCGCCUCCAGUUGCGCUUGGUGGAAAUCCCAACAUCAAGGAAUCGAUCAAGGAACGAGAACUCCCAGAGGCCACGCUGAUGCCCUCUCCGCCCACAAACCAGAAACCUCUGAAGGAGGCUGCGCCAAAAGCUCCUAAUAUGAAGCCGCUCCAUCUGACCGUGCCCCAAAAGCCCGCUGCUGCUGUCACCCCGGAAACACCUGCCAUCUCUCCCCUCACCCCCCUCACCCCCCUCACCCCCAGCCAGCCUGACGCACAGCACUCCGAACUGAAACAGGCUGUGUUGUCCAGACAAAGGGAGUAUAAGAUGGCGGCCAUAAAUGCCAAACAGAGCGGCGACAUAGACCAGGCAAAACGGCACUACUCCACUGCCAAGAAGCUGGACAUGCUGGUGGAGGCUGUGGACAGAGAUGAACCAGUAGACCUGAGCUCACUUCCUCCUCCUCCUGGAGACGUAGUAGCAAAACACUGUGCACCUCCUCCUCCUCAGUCUUCCUCUAAACCUGCUACCCCCGCUGCACCCGCACCCACCCAGGUGGCCAGUGCCGAACUGCCUGCUCCCAGCAAUUUAGCAGAAGCCCUGCAGCAAAGAAUGGACAUAUACAAGUCAGCAGCAGAGGGAGCCAAGAGCAAAGGAGAUGAUCGUAAGGCUCGCAUGCACCAGCGCAUUAUCAAGCAAUACCAGGAUGCCAUCAGAGCUCACAAAGCUGGGCGACCUGUCACUUUGUCGGAUCUGCCUGUACCACCAGGCUGCCCACCACUUCAGGGCUCAGAGGGGGGUCAGCAGAACUUCAUGGGUGUCCUGGAAACGGCUAUGAAAAUAGCUAAUCAGGAUGCAGACGCAGAAGAGGAAGAAGAGGAUGGACAAAGAGAGGCUGCCAAGCCCACAGUGCGUCCACCUACCCAGAAAGCAAAGUCUCCAGCUCCUCAGGCCCCGGGAGGCUCCUCAGCUCCCAAACUGGGAACCAAAGCCCAGCAGCAAGUGGAUUUACUGUUGCUAAGGCGACAGGCUUUUUUGCGUGCAGCGCUGCGCUCCAAACAGAUGAAGGACAUGACUGGAGCAGCACAGCAUCUCAGACAUGCCAAGGGACUGGACCCCAUGAUCACUGCUGCCAAGUCUGGCCUGCCUGUCGAUAUUACCAAGAUUCCCAGUGCUCCAGUAAGUGAGGAGGAUUACUCCCUGGCUCGCUCCCGCACCUCCCCUCUCUCCCAACGCUCCAGCGAACAGUACCACGGCCUCAUGGAUCUUUUCCGGAAGCAGCAUGAGAAAUAUUUGGGAUACUCUCAACAGCUCACACUUGUGGGCAAUGUGUCUGAGGCUCUGAAGUUUGAGAGGCUAGUUGAGGAGUGUAUGAAGAACAUAGAGAUUCUGAAGAAUGCACACGCCAAGGGCCAGCCAGUCCCAAAGUGCCACACAGAGGAGAGGACCUUCAACAUUAUCAAGAGCAACUCCAACCUAACACCUAAUGACCUGAUACUGUACAUAAUCAAAGGCAUCAACCUACCGGCUCCCUCAGGUGUCUCACCCAACGAUCUGGAUACCAGUGUGAAGUUUGAGUUUCCUUUUCCCAGUGCGGAGGAGGCUCAAAGGGACAAAACAAACACAGUAAAGAGCACCAACAGCCCAGAGUUUAAAGAGAAUUUCAAACUGAACAUCAACCGCACCCACAGAGGCUUUAAACGAGUCAUCCAGUCCAAAGGCGUCAAGUUUGAAAUUGUCCACAAGGGAGGCUUGUUUAAGACUGACAAAGUUGUGGGCACUGCUCAGCUGAAGCUAGAGGCUCUAGAAAACCAUUGUGACAUUAGAGAGAUAAUUGAGGUGAUGGAUGGACGUAAACCUACAGGUGGCAAGUUGGAGGUGAGGGUGAAGAUCAGAGAGCCUUUAUCAGGAGCUGAUCUCCAGCCAGUGACAGAGAAGUGGCUGGUUCUCGAUCCUGUAACCCCCCUUUCUCCUCCAGAGAGACAAAAGGAACAGGCUCCAUCUCCUCGGUCUAAACCCAGACAUGAAUCGAGCAGCAGGAGCAGUCAUCCCAACACCUCUCCUCCCCAGUACAAACUCUACAGCUUCAGCCUCCUCAACUAUGACAGGGAGCGGCUGGAGAGAAAGAUUGCAGAGUACCGAAAGGCACGACGGGAUCCCCCAUCUGACCUCGUCCAUCAACACAAAGAGGUCACACACAGACUGCAGUGGCAGAAAGCACAGCUGGAACGGGCUUCUUCUGCUCUACUGACAGAGUAUGAAAAUGUGCUGCAGCGCUCCGUCCAAGGGUAUGCUGACUCUGUGAAGAAAUACUCCAGCCAAGGCAACAGGGACGCUGCCAAGGAUUCACUGGGCAAGUUGAAGAUGGUAGAGAAUGAGCUGGAAUCGCUUAGAAGGAAACGCACAGGAUGAGAGGAGAGUAAGGGAGUGGAGACUUGGCUGUAGUACUGUUAUAUCAUCUCUCUCUCACUCUCUUUCUCAUACACACUUAUAUAAAAACACUACAGGGGGUACUUUAAGCACCUUUAGCAUGAUUCUAUGCUGCCCAUGUCCAUGACAACUGCAUGAACCAACCGGACAGUUCUGUCAAUUGAUCAUACAACUUGUGUCACCAGUGGUUAGUUGCCUGCCACAGUAAUUAAAAAGAAAUCUAUAAGAAACUACAAAGGGACACAGAUAUCAAAGCCAGCAUUAAAAUGUUUAAGGGAGAAACAGGCUUAUUUGCACUUAAACACUAGAGAAAGCUGCUUUUAAUGCACAUUGUUACAAACCUUACCUGUUCUGUUUGUUGUUGUUUUUUUCAGUCCCAAUUUUUCCUUUUUUUUGAGAAUUUUUGGUGAAAGAUCCAUCAGAAGAUUUAUAAGUUUUACAUUUGGCCCCAUCUCAGUGAGUCUGUUGGUGUCCACAGAUGACCAAAAAAAAGGUGCGCGUGUUCUGAAGUGUGUUUAACCAAUCGACUAAGGUGUUUUUAACCCCUUUUCCCAUAUUUGAUGUGUGUAAUGAGCUUAAUCUAAUCUGUCUGCUCCAGUGUUCCCAGAUUACAGUAAUCUGCUCCGUUUGGAGUGGUGUGAUAUGGGAAUAAAAAAAAAAACGGGGCUUCGGGGCGCCACAGUCUACAUCCCAUAACGAGGGAUUAGUGUUUGUGUCACCACGGAGACGACUAGAUCAGACGUAGAGUCGCCUUUGGGGCUGGAAAGAGGGGGUGUUAGCAGCGUGCCAUGAAUGUGGUAGAAGCUUAGCUCUGCAAAAGGAUUGCUUCUUCUUCAUCAUCAGCUGUUUCUUUGUUGUUGUAUUCUUCAUCUUCACUUUCUUCACACUAAUUCGGUACAUUCAAAGAUUAUUCAGAGUCAUGAGUAAUAGGCCGCUCCAUUUGGAUUUUCUUUAAACUCUUCAAUAAUAUUAAGCCCAUUAUGUUGUCGAUUAGAAAACAAUUAAUAGCUGCUGCCUCAGCUUGCUGCUAUUUUCCAUAGAUUUUGUCAUAUGCAGUUUACAAAACCAUAUUCUUACCCACUGAGAUCUCCAGUGGCAGCACAGUGGAUGCUGAAUAGUCUGCCCACAGGAAGACAACUCAA